AUCUACGCUAAUGGGCAAUGGCAUUCCGACGAACAUCAAAAACUUUGGCGCGCCUUUUUAACAUGCGAUAUUUUCAAGCCGGAUAGAAUUUCGUCCGUUAUGAAUCAAGCAAAUUGGGACUCUUAGUUUGUUCAUGAAGCACUGAAGACUGAAGAGCAGUUGGUUUACUGCUACAAAUUAGUUUCGGAAUCAUGGAAGUAGUUGCGGAUGAUCCUCGCGAUUCAAGCCUCGCCGAGACUGAUCAGGAUCGGGAUCCAGUUAAUCGAGAUGCCCACACGAAUCCUGAUUCCCGGGAGCAGACUGAGAUGCAUUUAACGUCUGAAGUACUCCGACCGCUGGAAAAGGAACCAGAACCAGUGCCGUUCAACGCGCUUGUUGAUGUGGAUUCGCAUUUGCCUAGUGCAUCGAGCAGUGGCUUGGAAAUAACUGCUAAUGAAAAUAAUACUCUUCGUAUUGACGGAAGCACCUCGUUAGGUGAGCAUUCCGAAUCGUCUCCGGUGCCUAACGAUCUCCACCAGAAUCUCGACGUUCCGGAGAGGGUUAUCGUGCAUGAACAACGUGAGCAUUCCGAUGAACCUUGCAGCCCUAAGACCAGUCAGGUGCAGACCGCUACCGAAAGUCCGUGCGAUCUUUCGUCGUUGCCCGAAGAAUUGCCACACUCGGUAGAGCCGGCUACCGAUUCACUGCAGGAGGUCGCAAGGUCUUCUUACCCAGAUGAGAACGUCGACCAGCGGCUUGAAACGGGGCUCCAUCUUUCUGAGGAUGUCGAGAUGAAAUCCAUUCAGCCGGCGCCAUGGCCGGAUACUUGUCAGUCCUGUUAUUGCAGUCGCUCGCCUGUGGAUUCUAGCAGCUUUCACCGGAUUGCUUCCACGUUUCUGCGAGGAACUUUGUGCCAAGCCGUUGUACAGAAGGGCGCACAGAUGCAAAGUUGCUUGCAUACAUUGUCGCAAGAUGACUACGCUGUACGCUUUGAAAUAGGGGCCGAUAAAGUUGUGGCGCUGUGUCAUUUUCAUCAAGAAGAAUUACGGUUGCAUCAUUUGUGCCCUGUCUGUGCGACCUUCUACGAUAGCGGACUAAUGACGUUAUGCCGUGGAAAUGGUACAGAUUUCCAUUUUUUUCAUCGGACUUGUCUCAAAGCCGAAAACUGGUCAUUUGCGCACUGCCCACAUUGUGGUAAUUCUGUGGACUCUUGCGAAGAGAUUAAUGGAUUUCCAUUAGAGUUACGAUUUCCACAGCCGUCCAAAAUUCCUCCGCUUUCUGUUUUGACAUUCACCGACCGCGUUUCGCCGAUGCCGGCCGUUCCUCCACGCACAAUCUGUCGUUUUAAUGACAAGCUGGUUUUCACUCCAAAAGGAUUGUGGCGCGACACGGAUCUUCGCCGUAUGGCAGAUCUUAUGGCCAAGCUAUCGAAUCUGACAUCCCGGGAGUUCAUGCAGAAAAGAGAUGACGAAACACUACUAAAGGCAGUGGAAGAUGACGAUCCACUGACGCUGGCGUUCUGCCUCCUGGACGUUGGCCCAUGGACACCAACCAACAGUAAAAUGUCCAUGUUACCUCAAGCUGUCGAUCUAGCCUGCAGCACUGGUCACUUGGUGUGCCUUCAUCUGUUACAUGUGGCCGACGUACCGCUCGACACCGUGGAUGAGAAGGGCUUUUCUCCGCUGAUGCGUGCGGUUAUGGAGGGACAAUUUGAUAUUGCUCGAUACUUGUAUAAGGAAUGCCAUUGCGAUCUGGAUCAAACAGAUUCAGAAGGAAAAACUGUGCUGCACCAUUUACUGGAUUCUAGUUCGGAUCAUCACUUGAUAUUUCGACUGGUAGAUUACGGGCUGAUCACACCGUUUUUGAUUAAAAUUCUCACUGAAGACAGCCAGGAUCUCUUUGUCCCGGUGUAUCUCCGGGUCCAUGCGGAACGUUUACUGCCCGAGCCGAAGGAUCACUUUGCGAGGUUCCAGAAAGCCAUCAUGAACCAUGAUGAGGACACUGCCGCGACAAUAAUCAUGUUUCACUUUCCGGAAAUAUUGAAGCGACCGCUAAAAGACCUGAAGGACUUGUGCGAGAGUUGGCCAUCUAUUUGGGCUCUAGUUGAGCAGAAGUGGAUAGCCAGUGAGAAAAACUAUGUCGUGUGUCAUGAUAUCACCAAUGGUAAAGAGCGAUCACCUAUUCGACUAAUUGGUCGACCGGAGGAUUCAUCGCUGGAAAAUGACUUUACGUAUGUUUCCCGCAAUGUGUACCCUUCGAGUAUUAAACCGCUGCUGGCACGCAACAGUUUGAUUUCGUGUGACUGCGGUCCCGUCUGCCAUCCUGGGGGAUGCAGAUGUCGGCAGAUGAGUUCGCGGUAUUAUUCGGAUGGUCGACUUGGUCCUAAACAUCAGGAUGAUACACGGAAUGUUGUUUAUGAAUGCCAUGAAUUUUGCCAGUGUGGACCGGAAUGCGGAAAUCGAGUCAUACAGAAAGGCAUUCGUGCCCCAUUGGAAGUCCGUAAAACUCCCAACCGUGGCUGGGGACUUUUUGCUCGCUCCUUUAUUUCGGAAGGAGAGUUCUUGGCUGAAUACUGUGGGGAAGUUGUUACUGAUCAGGAAGUUAACACUCGGGAGCAUGCUGGGGUUUAUUUAUUUGAAUUGCGUGAUUGUGAAAUAAAUGGCCAGAAAGAUGGAAAAAACAAGGAAACUUAUUGCGUGGACGCUGACAAAAUUGGGAAUGUGGCUAGAUUUAUUAAUCACAGUUGCAGUCCUACGGCACAUCCGAUAUGGUUUUUCCAUCAGAUCCAGGACUCACGGUUUCCGCGUAUUGGAUUCUUCGCAGCCAAAGACAUCCAUGCUGGCGAGGAGAUAUGUUUUGAUUAUGGCAAAAGCUUUUGGACCAUGAAGAAUUACGAAUUCAAAUGCGAGUGCGGCUCGUAUGAAUGUCGCUACCGUCCGCAGCCGCCUGCUACCGUCGGAUUAGGUUCGCACUCGAAGACCGCUAGCGGCACUACUCCUGCUGCCACCAGUCAUGGCUCUGGCAAAAAGACAAUGGGUUCUGACACAAAUGGCCAAGAGGCUUCCAAGCGGCGGAAAAUGUAAAUUUGUGAGCUGUGGACUUUUUGUACAGUGUUCUGUGCUAGGGUUAUUUUCUGAGUACAUUAUUGUUUGGAUUAUUCAAGUUUCUCAGACUGAUCAAUUUUUUUGGUUUGCCAUCGAAUUUUCCAUGGAAGCGGUGUAAAUAAAAUAAUACGCUGUUA